CAGUUUUCUAUUUGGAAGGCAGCGCACCGUCCCGAGGUAACCAGAAUCCAACUGCACCGAGGCGCGAUCAACCCGAGCUUGGAUAAAACGUAAAGGGGAAGAACGCAAACCUGCAGUGGCAGCUAAAGAGAAGCACUGACACUAUUUGGAAUCGGGAGAGAGCAAGGUUGCGAGAUUGCAGUCAACGGGGUCGCGUUGUAUAAGCUUAUUCUGUCAAUUGAACAGAUGUUGGGUUAUUUGAAUAGCACGCAGACUGGCUACGUGAAUAGUAGCCUAUUGCAAAAUUAACCUGGACAGACAACAGAAAGAAGGCGUUGCACUGGUGUUCGUGUGUUUAUACACACCUAUAAUAGAGAAGUUCUCAACAUCCGAACAUCUGGAUUUUUGAAGCGAAUACACCUGUCCUGUAUAGAAGCGUGAACGCCCUUUAGAUGAAAACCUUUCAGGUGAAAUGGUGAAGGAUCUCAGGAUACAUUUGGAAUCAUCUUUGGACCCUUGAAAAGGAAACCUACGCUUUUACUCAUUUAUAUAUGCUAUUGAUUUAUAUCCAGAAUUCUGAUUCAAUUGUCUGAAACAGGACUACAUAACAAAUAGAAUAGGCUAUAAAUUGUAUCAUUAUCAUUAUUAGGAUUGGACUUUGCAAGACAAGGAAUUUACUCAAUCGACUGUCUAGCUAGGUGACUCACUGUGAAAAAUAGACUUGCCAGCUGGAACCAAUAACCAACUGUACAAAGUGACACAUUUGGAUACUUGCCGGUGCUCUACAGUAGCCUACGUGUGUCUUUACCGAGGGGGAUACACCGACCGGACUACGGUAGCGCGAGCUGUCCACGAGCGGGCGGCCGUCCCCGCACGCCUGCAUAAUAAAUGCCCAUCAGCCGGUCGUGCGAGGCUCUCGAGGCUGGGCGGCAAGAUGAACUCGUGGGUCCUGCUGCUGGCGGCGCUCGCCGCGGGGUGUCUGCGGUUUGGUAGCGCUGAGGGAGAUCCUCUCCCACCAUCGUUAGUAGAGCUGGUGAGAACCAGUCCUAUCUCAUCUAUAGAGGACCUGCAACAGCUGCUGGAGCAAGAGACUGACUCCCAGGAGGUGGAGCCAGAUGAGAUUCAAUCAAAUGACACCCAUGGAAGAUACAGGAGAAACCUAGUAGAUGCCCAGCCAGCCCAGCAGGCGGUGUGUAAGGUCAGGACAGAGGUCAUGGAGGUCACCAGAGCCAUGCUUGACCGACGCAACGCCAACUUCCUGUUGUGGCCGCCGUGUGUGGAGGUGCAGCGCUGCUCUGGCUGCUGUAACACCAGAAUGCUACAGUGCGUCCCCGUGGUGACUCAGACACGAUAUCUACAGGUAACAAGGAUUCAGUACAUUGAUAAGAGACCCCACUACGACAAGGCGGUGAUCUCAGUGGAAGACCACGCCUCCUGCCGCUGCCAGACACACCCCUCGGCCACAGCUGCAGCCAGGUCCACCUCCCUCCCCCCUCCUUCCCCCCGACUCACCCCCAAACCCCCCUCCCUCUCCAAGGAAGACCUCCAUCGCCAUGACGACAUGAAGGCCAAUCAGAGGUUCCAUGUGGAUGACAGGGGGCAGCUGGAGAGACAGUGGCAGAACAAGUACACCCUGUCACACACACAGCCACGGACACACACUCUGGUGGGGACCGGGCCUGGGAGACACACACUCGCAGGGACACACACACAGACACACCCAAUGGCAGGGGCAGGGAUGCAGGUAGGGACACACACACAGCUAGGGACACACACAGACACACACACACAGACGGGUCCCUCUUCUGAGCUCCCUAUAGGGCAUGGCAGUGGGUAUGAGGGGGGGAGAGGGGAGGAGAGAGGGUCACAAACACCCCACCGCACACACACUGACACACAGCCCAACACAGGAGAGAGGCAACACAUUGAUAACACAGAGAGGACACAGGAGAUAGGAAGACAGCAACAACUACAACAGUACUACCAACAACAACAAUAUCUACAACAACAGCAACAAUAUCAACAACAACAACAUCAACAACAGCAACAUCAACAACAUCAGCAACAACAGUACCAACCAUACAGCCAAGAGCCAGCGCUGAGGACUCAAUACAAACACAACGCUCCCCAAUCCGACAGCAGCGGACCACCUGACACAAAACAACCGGCCAAUCACAAACCAGAACUGGUCCACAGCAACACAGAACCGACCGAUGAUAAUGACUCAAGCACAGAGGUGGCCAAUAGAGACGCACUAAAGGAUACAGAGGUCACCAGUCAGAGACAGGCAGCGACAGAAGUGACCAAUCACAGAAAGGAGGACGAUAAAGAGCGACACAGCCAGACAGAGCUGUCCAAUCAGGAACAAAGACACUCAGAUUCGACCAAUCACAAACACAGAGGCUCAGAGUUGACCAAUCAGGGUGACUCUGUCACAGAGGAGGAGAGCAGGAAGAAACUUCUAGAACUCUUACAGAGAGAACUGGGCCAGAAACAACAGCAUCAUCCUCCUCAUCCUCAUCUUCCUCAUCAGGAACAUCAUCAUCCUCACCAUCGUCAGUCUCGAACACAAACCACCACCACACAAAGACCAGUGCCCCCCACGUUGUCCUCCAGCAGGGCCCCAGGGUGGUCCCCCAGGACUCCGUCCCCUCCCCCCAAGCCCCCCCGGGGCCCGUUCAGACCGGCCCUUCCCCGCGGACGCAGGAGGAGGAAACAUCGGAGCCGCAUCAGCAAGGCUGCCCUCCGAACCAUGAUCAUGUAGAGAGAGAGAUGGCAACUGGGUCGACUGUGUCUGCCGGGCCCACCCAGGGUCGUGUUCAUUAGGCACCAAACGGAAGAAAACGGACUGAAACAGGGACACACACACAACAUGGAAUAAACCCUAAUUUCCUGUUUUUAAAACGUUGUGUGCCCUAAUGAAUACUGAGUGAUACUGCCUGGCUAUGGAACCUCAGGAUGGACACUGGAGACUGGGCAGCACUUCUGGACUCUACUGCUGGCUAUGCUAACAGACAUUACUGCAGGCUGUGUCAAUCUUUGCACCCCAGAAUGGACUGGUGACCGCUAUGUAGCAUCUUUCUAUAAAAACUCUGCUAGCUUUAUUUAAACCGCAAUAUCAAGACAAUAGACAAUCUCAGACUGAGACUCUCCUUAGAAAGGAGGUUGUUCUGGAUGUUUAACACUGGAAGUAAAGUGAUGUAACCUUUGAAAAAGGAGCUAAGCAAACUACAUCUCCCAUCAGCCAUUGGCUUGUAUACUUCUAGCCCCGCCUACUUUGAAAACACUGGCUACCGAUUGGACAGUUAAGGAGGGUGUUCGCGGAUAUUAUUAGAUCGCUUGCUGCAACAGCCAUUGAUUGGUUGAUUUAGAUGCCAUGGAACACGCCCCUCUCUACAGCUUGACUAUGAUUGGUUGCUGAGAAUAGAACUGAAAUCUUAUUGGCCCAAAAUGAUGCUUGAGGCCAUCUAUUUCUAAGAGACAACGCAAAGCUUGGAUGUGGAUAUUUUCACUGGAAUGGACUGGGUUGACUAUGGAAACUGUUCUCAGAUAAACAAUGUUAUCCUACUGGUGUAACUGGGAUAACUGUCCUGUGAAUAUGACUGGUGUAACUGGGAUAACUGUCCUGG